CAAGCAUGUAUUUAUUUUGCAUCUGUCUUUCAAGCUAUGUCAUGUGGUAUCCAUUACUUAGCGUCUGUGUUCAUGGCUGUUACUCCUAACUUUGUAUGUGGGAUCCCUGGAAAUGUAAGUAGUGUUCUUUUCUACAACUCCUCUGAAUCAAGUAUAGAGGACAUCUGGACACUGUGGACAUCAACAGAAAGUUACGUUGUAGUCCAGCUGGAAAAUGGAGAAAUUUGGGAACUUAACCGAUGCAGCAGGUCCAAACGAGAAGUUAGUUUGGAUCUGGCAUAUGACUACAAAGGCAACAAGUCCGUAUUUCCUUGUUCUGAUGGAUUUCUCUAUGAUGAUACAAAGUGGAAGAGCACUGUUGUUACGCAGUGGGAUCUGGUCUGUGACCGAGAAUGGCUUGCAAAAUUAAUCCAGCCUACAUUCAUGCUUGGAGUCUUGAUUGGAGCAGUGAUUUUUGGUGACAUUGCUGACAGACUGGGAAGACGGCGUGUUAUAUGGUUCACAAGUGCUGGUCAGUUUGUAUUUGGCAUCUCAGUGGCCUUCACAUUUGACUACUACAGUUUUGUGACUGUGCGCUUUCUCCUUGCUAUGGUUUCAAGUGGCUAUCUGGUUGUGGCUUUUGUUUAUGUUACUGAAUUUGUUGGCAUUAAAGGACGAACCUGGGCUUCUAUGCAUGUCCAUGCUUUUUUUGCUAUGGGAAUUAUGGUUGUGGCACUCGUGGGAUUUUUGGUUCGGACCUGGUGGGUCUAUCAGAUAUGUCUCUCCCUAGCGACUCUUCCCUUUGUCUUGUGCUGCUGGAUGCUCCCAGAAACACCUUUUUGGCUCCUGUCAGAGGAAAGAUACGAAGAUGCACAAAAAGUAAUUAAUAUAAUGGCAAGAUGGAAUAAAGUAAGCACUCCCUGCAAAGUUUCUGAACUGUGCUCAGUCCAAGAAGAUGAUCUAGUUAGUGGCAGAAUGGGUGACAAUGACACGUCCUCAACAAAGAAGCACAACAUCUUAGACCUGUUUUGUAACUGGCACAUUGCAAGAAGGACCAUCACAGUCUGGCUGAUCUGGUUCACUGGGAGUUUGGGGUAUUACGUCUUCUCCCUCAGUUCCGUCAGUCUAGGAGGCAAUGAAUAUUUAAAUCUCUUUCUCAUAGGUGCUGUGGAGUUGCCUUGCUAUAUCAUUGCUUGCAUUGGGAUGGACAGACUGGGAAGGAGAAACACACUCAUUCCAUUCCUUAUUUUAAGUGCACUGAUCUGUGUUUUAAUUAUGUUCAUACCUCAGGAUUUCAAUAUAUUAAUUAUCUUAGCAAAUAUGGCUGGAAAAUUUUCAAUAGGUGUGGCAUUUGGCCUCAUAUAUCUCUACACAGCAGAACUGUACCCAACAAUUGUAAGAUCACUUGCUGUUGGAAGUGGAAGCAUGAUGUGCCGUGUAGGAAGUGUGGUUGCUCCUUUCUGUGUAUAUCUGAGAAGUAUUUGGAUUUUCAUGCCACUUCUGCUUGUUGGAAUCAUGGCUCUCCUGAGUGGAAUAUUAACAAUAAUGCUUCCAGAAACACUGGGAAAACCAUUGACUAAUACUUUGGUGGAAGCUACAGAAAUGGGAAGAAACAAGAAAAGCUGUUCAGGAAAGACUUCUCCAGCACAGAGUGGUGCAGCAUUAGAAAAGAUAGAGAUGUUUGGUCAAGAAACAGUCAGCACUGAGAAAUAA